AUCUUUGUCCAGCGACACCUUGAUUGUUUCCCGCGCACAAUGGUCACGGCUGCGCCGGCGCAUAUCGCUAUAUAACCGGCGCGCGCGACGUCACGACAUCAUUGCAGCAAAAUGUUCGCUCCCAGCUGUGUUCUCUUACUCGUAGCAAGCUUCCAGGUGAUAUACUCACAAGGGCCGCCGCAGGGGCCCCCAGGCCCUCCAGGGGGGCCCCAAAUUCCACCACAGUGCAGAGGACCUCCAGCUGGUGUGAAGGAGCGACCGCACGAGUGUUGCAAGAUUCCUCCGUUCUUCAGUGAGAAGGACUUCGAGGCCUGUGGGUUUAAGCAGCUGGACGCAUCUGAGGGACGCCAACAGGGGCCACCAGAGUGCUCGAAGCAGAUGUGCAUUUUGAACAAAUAUGGUCUCACCAAAGAUGAUGCGGUAGACCAAGAGGCGGUUUCGGCGUAUAUGGACAAAUAUGCGGAAACGAAUGAAGCUUUCAAGCCGUCGGUAACCCUGGCAAAGCAGAGGUGUCUCGGGAGGGAGCUCCCGGGUCCCCCACAGAUUUGUGAAGCCAAUAAGAUGGUCUUCUGCAUUGGAUCCACGCUGUUUUCCGAAUGUCCAGUUUGGGAACAAACUGAUGGCUGCCAAGCGCUGAAAAACCACAUGGAGCAAUGCAAACCUUUCUUCGUCAAAGCUUAACUCCAGAGCAUUUAGCAAUCGCAAAUACAUUUAGUAGAUAAAAAUUAUUACGUAUAUCUAUAUUAAUUUAUAUGUACUCUUAUUCACUUUUGUAAAUAAACAUAAUUUCUGAUUAAGAAGAAAA